AUGCGUGAGGCAAUCUGCAUCCACAUCGGACAGGGCGGCGUCCAGAUCGGCAAUGCUUGCUGGGAGCUCUUCUGCCUCGAGCACGGCAUCCAACCCGAUGGACAGAUGCCCUCGGACAAGACGAUCGGCGGUGGAGACGAUGCAUUCAAUACAUUCUUCAGUGAAACCGGAGCCGGCAAACACGUGCCCCGCUGUGUGAUGGUUGAUCUCGAGCCUACGGUCGUGGAUGAAGUGCGCACAGGGACGUACCGGCAGCUUUUCCACCCGGAACAGCUCAUUUCCGGCAAGGAAGAUGCAGCGAACAACUUUGCUCGUGGACAUUAUACGAUCGGGAAAGAGAUCGUUGAUUUGGUUCUUGACCGAAUCAGAAAGCUUGCGGACAACUGCACCGGACUUCAAGGAUUCUGCGUCUACAACGCUUGCGGAGGAGGCACAGGAUCCGGCUUGGGUUGCCUCAUGCUCGAGCGUCUCUCGGUGGACUACGGGAAGAAGAGCAAGAUCUCCUUCACCGUGUGGUGUUGCCCGCAAGUCGCCACCGCUGUUGUAGAGCCCUAUAACACUGUCCUGUGCGUGCACUCCCUACUCGAGCACACAGAUGUCACCAUUAUGUACGACAACGAGGCGUUGUACGAUAUUUGCCGCAGGAACUUGGACAUUGAACGCCCCACGUACACCAACCUGAACCGCCUCAUUGCCCAGAUCAUUUCCAGCCUGACAGCAUCUUUGCGAUUUGAUGGAGCCUUGAACGUGGACAUCACAGAGUUCCAGACCAAUCUGGUGCCGUACCCCCGCAUCCAUUUCAUGCUGACCUCGUACGCGCCGGUCAUCUCCGCGGAGAAGGCCUACCAUGAGCAGCUGUCGGUGGCUGAGAUCACCAUGUCUGUCUUCGAACCAGCCUCCAUGAUGGUCAAGUGUGAUCCCCGUCACGGCAAAUACAUGGCCUGCUGCAUGAUGUACCGCGGAGAUGUGGUGCCGAAGGAUGUCAACGCCGCCGUAGCUACCAUCAAGACCAAGCGCACCAUUCAGUUUGUCGACUGGUGCCCGACCGGCUUCAAAUGCGGCAUCAACUACCAGCCGCCUACCGUGGUGCCCGGUGGUGAUUUGGCGAAAGUGAUGCGUGCCUGCUGCAUGAUCUCCAACAGCACUGCUAUUGCCGAAGUCUUCUCCCGCAUCGACCACAAGUUCGAUUUGAUGUACUCCAAGCGCGCCUUCGUCCACCACUACGUCGGAGAGGGUAUGGAGGAAGGCGAGUUCUCUGAGGCCCGCGAAGACCUGGCGGCCCUGGAGAAGGACUACGAGGAGGUUGGCAUCGAAACUGCGGAAGGUGAGGGUGAAGAGGAAGGCUACGGCGAUGAGUUCUGA